AGGCGGGCUAGGCCCUGCUGGUGGCUUUUCCUCGGCUGAGCGUGGAGCCUGGCCGGGGCGUUUCUGCCUCUCCUCUGCCGCCUUUUUGCCUUUCCUUUGGCUUCAGAUAUGGCUUUGCGCUGAGGUAGGAACCUUAAUAGCCCGGCGUUGCUUUGGUCAGGCCUCCUGUGAGGCUUGUGGGUUUGUAAAGUGUCUGGUUAUAGAGAGAAUGCCUCGUUUCGGUUUGUUUUCCUCCCUUCCCAGAGCCUUGCGGGGCUUAGGCUGGCUCGGCUCCCUUGGGUGAAAAGGCUGCCAUGGCCCUGCCGGAGUGGCACAUCGCGGUGAAGCUGGCGGACCAGCCCCUGGCUCCCAAAUCCAUCUUGCGUUUGCCGGAGACAGAGCUGGGAGAAUGCCCCCUCGGAGGGUGCAGCAUCUCCUACCUCAAGCAGCUCAUCACUGGCAGACUGCAGGAGUCUGUCCCGGACCCUGAGCUCAUUGAUCUGAUCUACUGUGGCCGGAAGCUGAGGGAUGACCAGACCCUGGACUUCUAUGGCAUCCAGUCCGGCUCCACUGUCCAUGUCCUGCGCAAGUCCUGGCCAGAGCCUGAUCAGAAACCAGAGCCUGUGGACAAGGUGGCAGCCGUACGAGAGUUCCGAGUCCUCCACACUGCCCUGCACAGCAGCCCUGCCUACAGAGAUGCAGUCUUCAAGAUGCUGGGGAACAAGGAGUCGCUGGAUCAGAUCAUUGUAGCUACUCCUGGCCUCAGCAGCGACCCUGUUGCUUUGGGAGUCCUGCAGGAUAAGGAUCUCUUCUCAGUGUUUGCAGACCCCACCAUGCUGGACACGCUAAUCCCAGCCCACCCUGCCCUGGUCAAUGCCAUUGUCCUGGUGCUGCACUCAGUGGCUGGCAGCACUCCCUUGCCAGCCCCUGAGACCUCCUCCCGAGGCAUGGCCUCCGGCUCCUACCGUGACAUGCCAGGUGGCUUUCUGUUUGAAGGUCUGUCUGAUGAUGAAGAUGACUUCCACCAGAGCACAAGAUCCACGCCGUCCGGCAGCACCUCCGGCUCCCGCCCGGCCUCCCUGGGCUACGCAGGGGCUGCCGGCCCCCGGCCCAUCACCCAGAGCGAGCUGGCCACCGCCCUGGCCCUGGCCAGCACCCCAGAGAGCAGCUCCCACACACCCACCCCUGGCACCCAGGGUCACUCCUCUGGGACCUCCCCAAUGUCAUCCAGCGUGCAGUCAGGGACACCCAUCACCAAUGACCUCUUCAGCCAGGCCUUACAGCACGCCCUGCAGGCCUCAGGGCAGCCCAGCCUGCAGAGCCAGUGGCAGCCCCAGCUCCAGCAGCUGCGAGACAUGGGCAUCCACGACGAUGAGCUGAGCCUCCGUGCCCUGCAGGCCACUGGAGGGGACAUUCAGGCUGCUCUGGAGCUUAUCUUUGCUGGUGGGGCUCCCUAGCUUUGGGGGCAGGAGAGGCUGGACUGGGGAGUUGGACUGAGGCAGCUGUCGCAUUCCUUGGUCUGGGACUUGGCCCUGACCCUUUGUCUGCACUGGGGUUCAGCGUGGAGCUGUUGGGGUGGUUGCUUCUUUCCCUUGUAGGUGGGCAGUGUACUCCUGUUUGAGAGCCACUGACCAUGCUGAGGGCAGCUGCUCCAGGAAUCUCUCUCCAGCCUCCUGGCCACCAGAAACAAGACCUCAGACCUUUGUCCAGCAUGGUUCCUCUGUCUUAGAUCUGCCAGCACCCUCUCCUGUCUGCUGUUUCAUUCCUGCCCCCCUGAUGUGUCUCUUGUUCUGCUGUUGUGGUCCCUCAGACUGUAUUAAAUGGACUACAUUC